CCUUCUGUUAAAAUUAUUAUCUUCUGAUUUUUCUAGUAUAUUUAUAUACCUACACGUCCAUGAUGAAGUUUAUAACCCUGGCUUUGCUGGCAGUUUCUGUCGGUUUCUCGGCAUGCUUAUUUGAUAAGCUUAAGCAAUUUAAAUUGAAAGAUUAUGCACUUGAAUAUUUCAAUGUACAGGGUAAGAAUUUCCAUGAAAACUGUCCCGAAGAAAAAAAAAUGAGUAAAUCAGAUAGGUUGGCCACCGUAACAAAAAAUAUUAUAGAUAUGAAACUUGCAAAGUCAGAACUUGAUAAGGAUCCAUCCAACAAAGAUAAACAAAAGGCCGUAGAAGAUACGGCGGCAAAGGUCGCUAAUCUGGUACUACCAUGUGCAAAGGCUAACCAAUUGAAGGAAGCUGUUAAUUUCUAUCAAAGCAAAGAUGAGAAAAAGAAAGAGUAAAUUGGAUAAAGAGAGUCAGGGGAUCCAAAGGACAAUAUUAUGACGACUUCGGAUGUUUCAGCAAUCUAAUUAUAGCAUAUUUUUAUUAUAAAUAAAAGUUCGAAUCUCGGUGGAUCCGUAGACUGACUUUGUAAAAAGUGGGAUUUUGACUGUCUGAAAAUUGCAUAUUCAGGUACG